ACAAGAAUCUUGAAGACAAAGAUGUUAGGAAGAUCCAGAACCGGAGGUUUCCGACCAGAGAAUCUAGGGCAAAACGCUGUAAGCUUAAUCGGAAGCAUAGGCUUCUCUAUAUUCGUAAUCGGAGUCGUAGUUUUCACCAUUAUCGCUGCUACAUAUGAACCAGAAGAUCCACUUUUUCACCCAUCUGACAAAAUCACAACUUUCCUCUCAUCCAAUUCAAACGCUACUCUUAAAUCCGACGACAGUGUUGUUAAAACCGGUGAAGAUUUCAUGGCGGCGAACCAAACCGCGUUUGCUGGAUUCAUCAACAUAGCUGAUGUGGAAACAUCUGAGAAUGAUUCUGAUGCUAAUCAAUUGGAUUGUGAUUCCAAUGUCCCAAUCGAUUGCAAAGAUCCUGAAGUUUUUCACUUGAUGAUGAAAGCUACUAUGGAGAAGUUUAAAGACAUUCACUUUUACAAGUUUGGUAAACCUGUGACUGUGGAAGGUACUAGUUCUUGUGAUAUGGCUUGGCGUUAUAGACCUAAGGAUGGUAAAACGGCUGCGUUUUAUAAGGAUUAUAGGAGGUUUGUGAUUGCAAAGUCUGAGAAUUGUAGUGUUAGUGUGAUGGGGAUUGGUGAAUAUCAUUCGGGUGUGAAUGCGAGGAAGCGGAAGAGGCCCGGGUUUCGGAAUUCGAGUGGUGGUAAGGUUGAUGAUUUCUCAUUGCCUGUGGUUGGUGAAGCAGUGAAUGAUUCACUUCCUGUGGUUGAGUCUGAGAAUGCGUUUAAGGAAGGUCACUACUUGGUUUAUUCGGGUGGAGGAGAUAGGUGUAAGAGUAUGAACCAUUUCUUGUGGAGUUUCUUGUGUGCUUUGGGGGAAGCUCAGUAUUUGAAUAGGACUUUAGUGAUGGAUUUGAGUCUUUGUUUGUCUUCGGUUUAUACGUCGUCUGGUCAAAACGAGGAAGGGAAGGAUUUCAGGUUUUACUUUGAUUUCGAGCAUUUGAAAGAGGCUGCUUCUGUGUUAGACCAGGUGCAGUUUUGGGCAGAUUGGGGGAAAUGGUAUAAGAAGAAUGGAUUAAAGCUUCAUCUUGUGGAAGACUUUCGGGUCACACCGAUGAAGCUUGUUGAUGUAAAGGACACGUUGAUAAUGAGGAAGUUCGGGACGGUAGAACCAGAUAACUAUUGGUACAGAGUUUGUGAAGGAGAGACUGAAUCUGUUGUGCAAAGGCCUUGGCAUCUGUUGUGGAAAUCUAGACGGCUGAUGGAGAUUGUUUCUGCGAUUGCUUCGAGGUUAAACUGGGAUUAUGAUGCUAUUCACAUUGAGAGAGGAGACAAGGCAAGAAACAAGGAAGGUUGGCCUAAUCUGGAAAAGGAUACUUCACCAAGCUCCAUUUUAUCUACCCUGCAGGACAAAAUCGAGCAAGGAAGGAAUCUUUAUAUUGCAACAAAUGAACCAGAGGUAACUUUCUUUAACCCCUUGAAAGACAAGUACAAAACCCAUCUUCUGGAUGAGUUUAAGGAUCUCUGGGACGAGAGCAGCGAAUGGUAUUCAGAGACCAUGAAGCUUAAUGGAGGAAACCCAGUCGAUUUUGACGGUUACAUGAGAGCGUCUGUUGAUACAGAAGUGUUCUUGAGAGGGAAGAAGCAGAUUGAAACAUUCAAUGAUCUUACCAAUGACUGUAGAGACGGAAUCGGCACUUGCAACGUAGCAGCAAGCUGAUCUCUCAGCAUAGCUUUGUAUGUUCCAUAACUAAUGUAUCGUUUCUUCUAAACUACUAGUAUUUACCUCUAUACAUCUUCGUUCUUUUUUUGAAAUGUCACUAGCAUAGACUUUGGUGUUUUAGGUUGAGUUUCUUUGUUAGUUGCUGAGUUGAUGGAUUUUUCUUAGACUUAUCUCAACUCGUGAGAUUCCGAUUGAAAAUUAUAGAUGUCAUUUCAAUUGUCUUAUAUCCUAAUUGUGGUUAUUAAUAGAAACUGAACCUAUCC